GUAUCUGUAUUUGAAUGCUGUAUAUCUGUGAGAGCCUCUGUAUCUCCCUUCUCUAGUCCAACAGACUGUAGUAGAGGUUUGGAUAGGAACCGUUCACCCUUUACGUUGAUACCUGCUGUACCCUAAGUAUUCACCUCAUUGCUUUCCGUCUUCCCUUUUAUACACCUAUAUAACCUUUAACAGCCCUGUCAGUACCUCUGUCAUUACGAAUUGAUGUCGGAACCUCUCGGCAGCAGAGGUAGCAGGUGCCAAUCCUGCCUGUCUUUUCUGAACAUAGUCCAUCGACAGUAAUACAAAUACCAGAAAGCUUCUUUGCUUUUGGUGUGACAGACAGACACAUCAGGUCUUAGUGAAGGUGGUGUCACGGCACAGCGCUUACAAUCUCCCCUAAACUCCAACAAGCUGAACUACAGGUUUGAGUAGGAACAGUUCAUCCAUUGCAUUGAUACCUGUUGUACCCCAAUUAUUCACCUCAUUAGUUUCAAUCUCCCCUUUUAAUUGAAUGUAAUUUCCCAUUAAAUUAGUCAUGGUUAACUGUGCUAGAGCCAGAUGAGUACACUACCGGAGGGUCUAUAGCACAGAUAACUGGGGGGAUGGAAUCUGAACGAGCGAGAGAGAGAGAGAUGGGUCAGAGAGAAAAAGAGAUAGAGAUGGAGAGAGAGCGAGAAACUUCAAUAAUUCAGUAUUGCUCUCUGUCUCUGCCAGUCCCAGGCUAUUUCAGGCUGUGGUCAGACCAUUGCUCAGGAGGAAAUGAAUGUGAGGAUCUGUCUCUAUCUCUGUGUGUGUGUGUGUCUACCCUGGUGGCCCUGAUUCUGAAGCUUUUCCAAUAUAAAACACUAUACCUUAACCGGCAGUAAAGAGACAGAGCUGUGCUCCUCUCAAAGCUGCACCAGAAUAUAAUGGGAGAUGUUUUUUUACAUAUUUAAUAUAUUGGUGGCCCCAGCGGGAAUCAAACGCACAAUCCUGACAUUUCAAGCUCCAAGCCUUACUAACUGAGCCACAAUGAUACCUUCUUAUACGAUGUGGAUUUCACUCAUGAAACAUAUACUGAGUGUACAAAACAUUAUGAACACCUGCUUUUUUCCAAUGAUGGAUUGACCAGGUGACAGUUAUGAUCCCUUAUUGAUGUCACUUGUUAAAUCCACCUCAAUCAGUGUAGAUGAAGGGGAGGAGACAGGUUAAAGAAGUAUUUUUAAGCCUUGAGACAUGGAUUGUGUAUGUGUGCAAUUCUGAGAGUGAAUGGGCAAGACAAAAGAUUGAAGUGCUAUUGAAGGGGGGGGUUCUUAAUGUUUACUACACUCAGUGUAAAUGAAACAUACAUGGGGUAUCUGUAUUUUACUUAUAGUAACUUAUCAUAAAAGAACUGAGCUUUCUCUAUGUAAGGGUGCUCUACUGUAUUCUGCUCCACAUGCAGGCUUACAUUCACUAUCAGAGAGAUAUUAGACCUUUGGACUGUGGUAAUAACGGAAAGACAGAGAAGGGGUUGAAUGGAGCUGAAGGGUGGGACUAAUAACAACAAGAUACCAAAUGUAAAACAUACGGGGUCUGUAAAGUGUAUAUAGGUUCAGAACUUUUGUGACAUAGCACAGUUACAAAUAUAUGGCAAAUGAAACUGGAUGGACAUCAGAAAUAGAGGAAGGCCAGGAGAAAAACAAACAUAAUAUAACUAUUGUAAAAUACAUUGUGUCUGUAAAAUGUAUAUAGUAUGUAUAAGCUGGAAGAAGAAGCCUCAGUGUUGUUGUCCAUUUCGUUUAACUCCAAUUAGGGGAUUAGAGGAAGGGUUAGGGGAAAAUAAUAAAGGAAAAUAUAUUUUUAAAAGAUAGGUAUAUUUAUAUAUGUAUGUGUAUUUGUAUGUAUAUGUUUGUGUAUAUAUAUAUGCAUGUUUAUAUAUGUAUAUGUGGGUAUGUGUAUUUAUGUUACGGGUGUGUACUGGAGGCGAAGUCAGGUGCAGGAGAGCAGAGUGUAGUGAACAGGCACACUUUUUAUUUCCGGUCAAACGAAAGCACAAAAGUAAAUGUGCCCAAACACGGAACAUAAACAAAAAGUAUGGCGCUUAACAAUACCACAUAACAUCAAUACAAUUUUACACAAAGACAUGGAGGGGAACAGAGGACUAAAUACAUGCAGUGUGAUUAGGGAAUGAAAAGCAGGUGUGUAUGGAACAAGACAAAACAAAUGGAAAUAUGAAAAAUGGAGAGGCGAUGGCUAGAAAGCCGUUGACGUCGAUCGCCGAACACCACCCGAACAAGGAGAGGAGCCGACUUCAGCGGAAGUCGUGACAAUAUAUGUACAUUCGUGGCCAAAAGUUUUGAGAAUUACACAAAUAUUAAUUUUCACAAAGUCUGCUGCCUCAGUUUGUAUAAUGGCAAUUUUCAUGUACUCCAGAAUGUUAUGAAGAGCGAUCAGAUGAAUUGCAAUUAAUUGCAAAGUCCCUCUUUGCCAUGCAAAUGAACUGAAUCCCCCCCAAAACAUUUCCACUUCAUUUCAGCCUUGCACACAAAAGGACCAGCUGACAUCAUGUCAGUGAUUCUCUUGUUAACACAGGUGUGAGUGUUGACGAGAACAAGGCUGGAGAUCACUCUGUCAUGCUGAUUGAGUUCGAAUAACAGACUGGAACCUUCAAAAGGAGGGUGGUGCUUGGAAUCAUUGUUUUUCCUCUGUUAAACAUGGUUACCUGCAAGGAAACACGUGCCGUCAUCAUUGCUUUGCACAAAAAGGGCUUCACAGGCACGGAUAUUGCUGCCAGUAAGAUUGCACCUAAAUCAACCAUUUAUCGGAUCAUCAAGAACUUCAAGGAGAGCGGUUCAAUUGUUGUGAAGAAGGCUUCAGGGGGCCCAAGAAAGUCCAGCAAGCGCCAGGACCGUGUCCUAAAGUUAAUUCAGCUGCGGGAUCGGGGUACCACCAGUACAGAGCUUGCUCAGAAAUGGUAGCAGGCAGGUGUGAGUGCAUCUGCAUGCACACUGAGGCGAAGACUUUUGUAGGAUGGCCUGGUGUCAAGAAGGGCAGCAAAGAAGCCACUUCUCUCCAGGAAAAACAUUAUGGACAGACUGAUAUUCUGUAAAAGGUCCAGGGAUUGGACUGCUGAGGACUGGGGUCAUUUUCUCUGAUGAAUCCCCUUUCCGAUUGUUUGGGGCAUCCAGAAAAAAGCUUGUCCGGAGAAGACAAGGUGAGCGCUACCAUCAGUCCUGUGUCAUGCCAACAGUAAAGCAUCCUGAGACUAUUCAUGUGUGGAGUUGCUUCUCAGUCAAGGGAGUGGUGUCACUCACAAUUUUGCCUAAAAACACAGCCAUGAAUAAAGAAUGGUACCAACACAUCCUCUGAGAGCAACUUCUCCCAACCAUCCAGGAACAGUUUGGUGACGAACAAUGCCUUUUCCAGCAUGAUGGAGCACCUUGCCAUAAGGCAAAAGUGAUAACUAAGUGGCUCGGGGAACAGAACAUCAAUAUUUUGGGUCCAUGGCCAGGAAACUCCCCAGACCUUAAUCCCAUUGAGAACUUGUGGUCAAUCCUGAAGAGGCGGGUGGACAAACAAAAACCCACAAACUCUGACAAACUCAAAGCAUUGAUUAUGCAAGAAUGGGCUGCCAUCAGUCAGAAUGUGGCCCAGAAGUUAAUUGACAGCAUGCCAGGGCGGAUUGCAGAGGUCUUGAAAAAGAAGGGUAACACUGCGAAUAUUGACUCUUUGCAUCAACUUCAUGUAAUUGUCAAUAAAAGCCUUUGACACUUAUGAAAUGCUUGUAAUUACACUUCAGUUUUCCAUAGUAACAUCUGACAAAAAUAUCUAAAAACACUGAAGCAGCAAACUUUGUGAAAAUUUAUUUUUGUGUCAUUCUCAAAAGUUGGCCACGACUGUAUAUAUAUAAAUAUAUAUAUUUACCCAAAAAAUAUAUGGGGGAUUGGAAAUAAUGCAGACAAUUACAUUGAUGGAAGCAUCAAUCUAUCUGCAAUAUUAAAGCUGAUCCACCCCUUAAAAAGAAAAGACAGAGAGCAAGAGAGAGAGAGAGAGAGAGAGAGCGAGGAGGAGGGUGGAAACUGUUUAGUCUCCCCUCUCAUCCUGAUAUGAACCUUGAACAUGUGAUAUCCUGUAUGACGGGAAAUGAAACUUAAAAGCAGAUCCUCAUUCGUUUGCAUAUUGCCCAAACGACACACCAUUGUCAAAACUUCCUCUAGAACUGUUCUAAAGUAAUCUGUUGAAUCACUCUUACCUUAUCUGUACCCUGAGAUCAACAUCACCUAGACAACAUUAGCAGCAUUUACACAACCAUGUGGGCAGAAGAUGACUUCACUCCUCCCUAUGGAGUAGUGCGACUGGGCCAAUCUGAACCAGAAGAUGGCAAAACCUACGUCAUGUACCACGGCACCGCUAAACAGGAGGCAGAGAAAAUUAUGGCCGCUGGUUUUCGUCAGUCUUCUGGUGGUAUGUUGGGGCGUGGAGUGUACCUCAGCCGAGACCUGCAGAAGGCAAGCAGGUACCCCCUGGAGCUUCCUGAAAAUCAGAGGGUUGUCAUCCGAGUCAAAGUCAAUGUGGGCAAGGUGAAAAGAAUUGACCGUAAGGAUCAUCCUCUGCGGACAACCUGGCAUGAGAACGGUUACGACACCGCCUGGGUUCCUCCUAACUGUGGUAUGGUGAAGAGUGGUCUAGAAGAGGACUGUGUCUGGGACCCAAAACACAUCACUGUCUUAGGUACCAUCCAACCACAAGUGUCAAAUCAAAGUCAAUAUGACUUCCCUCUUCCCUCUGGGGUAGUGCGACUGGGCCAAUCUGAACCAGAAGAUGGCAAAACCUACGUCAUGUACCACGGCACCGCUAAGCAGGCGGCAGGGAAAAUUAGGGCCACUGGUUUUUGUCCGUCUCCUGGUGGUAUGUUGGGGCGUGGAGUGUACCUCAGCCGAGACCUGCAGAAGGCAAGCAGGUACCCCCUGGAGCUUCCUGAAAAUCAGAGGGUUGUCAUCCGAGUCAAAGUCAAUGUGGGCAAGGUGAAAAGAAUUGACCGUCAGAAUCAUCCUCUGCGGACAACCUGGCAUGAGAACGGUUACGACACCGCCUGGGUUCCUCCUAACUGUGGUAUGGUGAAGAGUGGUCUAGAAGAGGACUGUGUCUGGGAUCCAAACCGCAUCACUGUCUUAGAUUUCAUCCAGCCUAAUAUGCAACAGCCCCAGUGUCAUUCACGCUGGUGAGGAAGGGUGGAUAGUGUGUAACAAUAUGAAGAGAAAAAUACAUUGAAUGUAUUUCAACAGUAUGUAAUUUAGUCUCAUUGACUAAAACAACAAUUGAUUUUGACCAAUAAAUUGUUACAACAAUAAACCGUCA